UUGUCCUUCCCGACGAGCUGAUGGCGGAAAUACUGUCCUGGCUGUCCGUGAAACAUCUUAUACAACUGAGGUGCGUCAACAAGUUUUUCCAAACUCUCAUCUCUGAUCCUUACUUUGUUCAAAUGCAUCUCAUGAAAUCAGCACGAACACCUAAUCUCGCACAUAUCUGGCUAGACAGCUGGGAAGAUGAUGAUUCCCAUUUCGUUAGUCAAUCCAUUCCUCCUUUUAACUCCCUUCACAAUCAUCCUUCCUAUCGAUUGAUCGAUUUUGUCAGUGUAGACCGAGUUGUUGGUUCAUGCAAUGGAUUGAUAUGCUUGAUUAGUAGUUCAUAUCUUUCUCAAGAUGAAUGGCUUUGUUUCUGGAACCCUGCAACGGGAACAAAAUCAGAAAAUUUUAGACUAUUUUCCGAUCUUUAUUCUCUACGCCAAGAUUUUAAGUUCUCUUUUGGUUAUGAUAUUUCGAAUGAAACUUAUAAGGUGGUAGGGUUCAUGGUGGAGAUAGAGCUGGGUGGUAAUCUAAAAAAUGUGGUGAAAGUUUUCAGCUUGGGGGAUAAUUCAUGGAGAGAUAUUCAAUGUUUACCUGUGAUUCCACUUUAUUGGUUUGAUGGUUGUAACAACAAAGAUGUGUAUUUGAAUGGUACUAUUAAUUGGCUGUCCAAUUGCAAUCAUGAUUUUUAUUUGAUGGGUGUUAUUGAAAAUUAUGUAAUUCUUUCGCUAGAUCUCUCUACCGAAUCGUACACUCAGAUGAUGUUGCCUCGUGGUUUUGACAAGGGACCGAAAGUUCAGGCAAAUAUUGCGGUUUUGAUGAAUUUUCUUUGUUUCUGUCGUGAUUUUGAGAGAAACCAUUUUGUUAUAUGGCAGAUGAAAGAUUUUGGGGUUCAAGAGUCUUGGGUUCAGUUAUUUAAAAUUAGUUAUCAGAAUUUCUAUUCAAUCAACGGUAAUUUAUUUGAUAUUCAGCGGUUGGGAUUGUUGCCGAUACACCUUUCUGAGAAUGGUUAUACUUUGAUAUUGGCAAAUAUGCACAAGGCACCAGCAUUUAUCUGUGACUGCAGAGACGAUACAAUAGAGCGAAUAAGGAUUACUAAUAUGAACCAGUGGUUGUGGGCUAAGGAUCACAUUGAAAGUUUGGUUCCAACUCGUUGAAAGUGAGUUCUUAUUUAAUGUGUUCUUAUUACAAGUUAGAAGAUGAUAUGUAGGCUAUUACAUGGAAUCUGUUGCAGAUAUUAUUUGGAAAAUAUGGAAAGAGAAGCUCUGAGAGGGGCUGAAGCAAUCGACGAUGUUGAAGCAACCCGCCUGAGCAUGAUUUUUCAAUCAAUUAGAAUGUGCUAUGGCCACUCAAAUAUUUGAAAUGUUUUUUUAGUGUACUUAAUUGAUGCAUAAUCACUCAACUCUUUGAUUUUUUUUUUUAAUUUGACCUUGAGUAUUGUUGUCGUGCAAAAUUUGGUGCUUAGCUGAUUAGCUAUGUGAUCAAGUGAUUAGUUGUUUGCUUGAUUGAGUUCUGUGUUUGCUCAGCCUAUAUAAGAUGAUAUGUUGGCUACCUUGCACACGUGUAAUGAUCUCCUAUUCUCCUUUUUUAUCAAGUGAAUGCUUAGUUUAUCAAAUGUGUAUUCUUUGA